AUGAUCCCUACACUCGUUUUGAAACAGGUGGUUUCGGCCCUGUUCCUGUUUUCCACCGCCCAGGCUUUUGAUGCCGCUUCCAAAACCAAUGUGGCUCUGUAUUGGGGCCAGAACUCUGCCGGCACUCAGGACAGGCUUUCCACUUAUUGUGAGAGCGAUGCUGCUGAUAUUUUCUUGCUCUCAUUCAUGACCACGUUCUCUGACGCAGACACUCUUCCAACCUUGAAUUUUGCUAAUGCCUGCAGCAGCCAGUUUUCUGACGGACUUUUGCAAUGCGAUACAAUUGCCGAGGAUAUCAAGACCUGUCAAGGUCUUGGCAAAAAGGUCUUACUUUCGCUCGGAGGAGCCAGCGGCAGCUACGGCUUCAGCUCCGAUUCAGUUGCCGAGGAGUUUGCCGGCACUCUUUGGAACAUGUUUGGAGGUGGAGACGCCGACGAACGUCCAUUUGGCGAUGCAGUUAUAGACGGUUUCGACUUUGAUAUUGAAAACAAUGACUCUACCGGUUAUGCCGCUCUCGCAACCAAACUGAGAGAAUACUAUAGCAAGGACUCUUCUAAAGACUACUACAUUUCUGCUGCUCCUCAAUGUGUUUACCCUGAUGCUUCCACGGGUGACAUGCUUGCCAAUGCCGACGUUGACUUUGCUUUUAUCCAAUUCUACAACAACUAUUGUAACGUCGACAAACAGUUCAACUGGGACACCUGGGCCAACUUCGCUGCCAACACGUCUCCUAACAAGGACAUUAAGUUGUACCUGGGACUGCCUGCCUCCAGUACGGCCGCUUCUACCGGUUAUGUGGACGUUGACACGGUGAAGAGUGCGCUCGAGAGCAUUGAUAACACAAACCUCGGAGGUAUCAUGCUUUGGGACGCCUCGCAGGCUUUCAGCAACGAGGUUGACGGUGGAAACUACGCCGAGGCAAUGAAGAGCAUUUUAAUUGACAGCCAAGGUACCAGCUCUACUUCCUCUGCCACCACCGUGAGUUCUAGCACCUCAAAGAGCUUUUCCAGCACGUCCUCAGAAAGCGCUUCGUCUACGUCGUCUUCCGUCUCCUCCACUUCUGCUGAAAAGAAAGCUUUGACAUCUAGCUCUUCUAGUGUCUCCAGCUCUUCUAGCGCCACCAGCUCCACAACUGUUUCGAGCUCUUCAACCAUCUCCAGCGCUUUGAGUGUGCCAACCUCUACAAGUGUUUCCAGCGCCUCCAGCUCUGUGUCGACCAAUACCCCGGCCACGUCCGAGGCAAGCUCUGCCGCUCCGAGCUCCGUUUCUUCGAGCUUUGCUCCUUCAUCCUCCGAAACACUCGUGAGCUCGUCCUCCGUCACCGCCACCUCCACUCAAACACCACAACCCACCCCACCUUCAACCACACUCCUAACCAGAACCACUAGCAGCACGAGCUCUUCUUCUACCACUGCCACCCCAAGUGCAGCAUACACUGACUGUUCGUCGCUAAGCGGAUUGGAAAAGGCCAAGUGUCUAAAUGCCAACUUUGCCAGCGGCCUGUUCAACGGGUCACCUGACUCGUGCUCCACCGAGGGAGAGAUUGCCUGCUCGUCAGACGGCUCGUUCGCCAUUUGCAACUUCGGCAAGUGGGUCAAGAUGCAGUGUGCUGCAGGCACCACCUGCUACGCGUACGUGCAGAACUCGGACGUCGAUGUGGGGUGCAACUACGAGGCUCAGAAAAACUCGUUCACGAAAAGAGACGGCUUCAUGGACAUUUUUAAAAGAAGCUCAAGCCACAGUCAUCAUGCACACCGGACGUAA